AGCUACGUGAAGCUUCGAGUUGGCUCUGGACAGACUCCAUCAUCGUUUCCCUUACGAGCACUUUAAUCGACACCAGACUUACUACAGUUAUCAAUUUACAACGAAACGAUCUUGAAUUAAACCACACGAUACACCUUAACCAUAAUGAAUUCGGCCGAGCAAAACGGCUCACAACGUCUAAGCCCAGGCUAUGAUGCUCGAAUGUACUCCAAACGUGCACGAGAAAUUCAGCAAGAAGAAGGAAUCGGAAUUCAACCACCAUCUUUCCUUCUCCCUUCACUCUCCAUAAACUCUUCUACCUCUACUCCAGACCCUACCACCCACACCACAGCCUCCGGAGCCUCAACUCCUACUGUUUCCUUCUCCGAUCAGACCUCGACCUCACAGUCGCCGGGUACCACUUAUCGUCGUGCACGAGCAGGCACGAUGCCAUCCCGCUUCUCCCCUUCCCUCAUCCCCGGCUUUGACGAAGAAGACCUCAACUCUCUCCGCGGCUCACCCUCGCAGACUCCACUCCGCGAACGCAACAUGUCAGUCGAGACACCCUCCUCCUCGCGUCGUGCGGCGUACUUACAGGAGCCCGGGCACAUGUCCUCCCCAUCCUCUUCGUCCUCGAGGAACAGGAGUGGGAGUUUGACCUUACCGCAAAGACUAACCGCAUUCCCGUCGGGUAUCUUCUCGAGUUCGUGGGCGAGGGCGGGGGUUCCGGCGAGCCCUGCUCAGAGCGCGUUCUCACGUGAUGGAGAGGCUGAGCAGACCCCUGUCAAGACGCUUGAUUAUUUAGGAUUGGCGGAUACGCCUACGCCGCCCCGGUACAACCCUCGUGCUGCGGCUGGUGUUGGUGCCGCGUCCGGGUUGACGAAUGCUGAAGAGCGAUUGUUGAGUGAUUUGAACACCUUGAGACGCGACGCGAGUCGUAUUCGUUCUUAUUCUGUUAACGCGACUGAGAAAUACCAGGAAGGUGAUGAUGAGGAGGAGGGUGUUGGUGCGAGUGCGGCUGGGUAUGUGCAGUAUCUCCACCCUGACUCUGCACUUGAAUCUUCUGCUAUCGGAAGCCCGGGACGUCCCAGGGCCAGGACAGCGGGGAUCUUGGAUAGUCCCCCUGCAGGGUUGAUGAGGAAGUAUGGACACCAUUCCCACAGCCCUUCGCGCUUAGACAACUCUGUCACUGCUGCGGAGUUGGGCAUGGGCGGUGAUGAGUUCGGGAUGGGUGGGGAGGGUGAGACGCCCACUCGUGCGAUCUGGAUCGGGAAUGUACCGAGUACUGUUACGAGUGCGCAGCUUCUGGGUAUGUUUGGACAAUUCGGUGCGAUUGAGAGUGCACGCGUGCUUACCCACAAGAGCUGCGGAUUCGUUAACUUUGAGAAUGUCGAAAGUGCACUUUCUGCGCGGAACGCACUCAGCGGAAAGGAGAUCUUUGCCGGUGCGGGCGGUGUGAGGAUCGGGUUCGCUAAGGUCCCUGUUCCCUCUUCGAAUGCGAGUGCUGGGAUCAGUGGUGCCAAUACGCCUGAGUCUGCGGGUCCGUAUACUACUACGACGUAUAUUACCGAGACGACGCCUGUUGUCGGCAAUGCUGCUGAGUCUCUUGCGGCUGAGGCGGCGAGGUUGAGUAGGCCUGCAAGCCAGGAGCCUCAGAUGCCGGGGUUGACGGAGAUUGAAGAUGAUAUCAUUGGGAUUGUUCGGGAGUAUGGGGCGGGUGAGGAUGAGGUUGAUGAGUGUGUCGCCAUGAUUAGGGGCGCGUUGGAUAGGCAGGGUAUGUAUGAGACUGACAUCCCUUCUCUUCUUGAACCGAGUGGGGCUCGUAUCCAUGAUGCGCCCAAGUUGAGGGAGAUUAGGAAAAGGAUCGAUAAUGGCACUUGUUCGCAGGAGGAGGUCGAGGGGAUUGCGCUUGGUAUGUUGGGUGAGGUUGCGGAGUUGGCGAGUGAUUAUCUCGGAAACACUGUUGUGCAGAAGUUGUUUGAGUAUUGUUCGGAGGAGACGAAGGCGCUCAUGCUACGGGAGGUCUCCCCUCGUUUGGCGGAGAUCGGUGUCCAUAAGAAUGGAACGUGGGCCGCACAGAAGAUCAUUGAUGUGGCCAACACUGAGGAGCAAGUCGCCCUUAUUGUGGAGAAUUUGCGUCCGUUUACGAACCUGUUGUUUUUGGAUCAGUUUGGGAAUUACGUGAUUCAGUGUUGUUUGAGAUUUGGACGGCCUUGGAAUGAUUUCAUUUUCGAGACGAUGGUGGAGCAGGUUUGGGAAAUUGCGCAAGGCCGUUUCGGAGCGCGUGCUAUGCGUGCUUGUUUGGAGAGUCAUCAUGCUACCAAGGAGCAACAACGCCUGUUGGCGGCUGUGAUCACGUUGCGCGCUGUCCCGCUUGCGACGAAUGCUAAUGGUGCGCUGUUGUUGACGUGGUUGUUGGAUACGUGUACAUUCCCCAACCGACACGGGAUUGUCGCGCCGAGAUUGACACCCCAUUUGACGCACCUUUGUACCCACAAGCUUGCGAGUUUGACGGUGUUAAAGGUUAUUAAUCAGCGUCAAGAACCUGAGGCAAGGGAUGCGAUCUUGCAGGCUUUGUUCAUGAGUGCGAAUGAGAGGCCGCUGGAAGAAAUUCUUGGUGAUCAGGUACAUGGCGCGACCGUCAUUUUCAAGAUCUUGACGAGUCCAUAUAUGGACGGCGAACAGCGGAAUCAUGCACUGGACCGUGUAAGGGCCGUGUUGAUGAGGUUGAAUGUGCAUCCUGCUCAUGGAUAUAAGCGUCUCAUGGAUGAAGUUGGGUUGAGUACCCGGACCCAAGCGAGUCCCCCGAAGAACCAUCACCAUACCAUCCGGAACCACCAUGUCGGACAGAGGCGGCACGAUCCGUAUUCGUCGGCUGCGGCGUACUAUGCCAACAUGCCACCUGCGCACCUCGAGGCUGUUCCGCCCCGUGCUGCGGUCCUGGACCCGGCGACGCUGCAGGCGUUGGAGCAUCUUUCUCUUACGGGUGGAUUGCCACCACAGGGAUACGCGUCUGCUUCGCCACAAGCACAGGCGUUGCAAUACCAGCAAGCGCUUAUUCAGCAAGCACUUCAGCAGAGAGCCGCUGCGGCUGCCGCUGCGUAUGGUGCGUAUGGAGGUGGUGCGCCUCCUCCGCCCCCGCCUGGUUAUGGUGGGUAUGAUGGAUAUGGACAGCCUGUUGCUCCUGGGUACAUCAACCCACUUGUUGCGCAGCAAUUGAUGGGUGCUGGUACUGGAGUCGGUGGAUACCCCUACGCUGGACAGCCUCAGCAACAGCCGGGGAUGUACCCGCCAUACCAGCAGGGUGGUGGUGCCGGACGGGGACGCAGGCAAUACUAAAGUGUUUGCUGGGUAUAUAGAAGACGAGGUUGGUACGAUAGUGUAUGAUUUCUGUUUGGAUUUAUUUUGUUUAUCUGGAGCAUCUCCGCCAAAAAUGCUAUGAGCUAUGAGCCGUU